CAUACAAUAAGAUUUCAAGUGUCGAAAAAAAAGUUCUGUGAGAAAGCUUUAACGAUGUAUUGCUUUUGUCGGUCGUCAAAGACGAUCUCAGUGAGAAUAAUCUUCCUCGAUGAAACCGAUUUCUUGCACGAGAUUCAGAAAGAAUUAUUGGGACAAUCACUGCUCGAGGUCGUCUAUGCUCGUCUCAAUCUCCUCGAAACGGCUUAUUUUGGCUUGAGAUAUUUGGAUUUCGAAGGACAGACGCACUGGCUUGAUGCAAACACACGCUUGUCACGACAACUAAAAGAGAAUAAAGAUAUUUAUGAAUUGUACUUCUCGGUGAAAUUUUACGCUGUUGAUCCCUGUAAGCUUGUCGAAGAAAUAACACGAUAUCAGUUUUAUCUGCAACUCAAGCAAGAUGUUCUACAAGGAAGAUUGCCAGUCACGUUCGAUACAGCUUCACAGUUGGGCGCUUAUGUUAUACAAUCUGAGAUUGGCGAUUAUGAUUCUGCAAAGCAUACACACGGAUAUGUUUCAGAAUUUCGUUUUGUGCCGAAUCAGACAAAGGAUUUGGAGUUUCGCAUAGCUGAGAUUCAUAAGCAGUUGAAGGGCGUCGAACCAGCACAAGCGGAAUUUAAUUUUUUGGAUAAAGUCAAAUGGCUUGAUAUGUACGGUGUUGACCUUCAUCCAGUGCUGGGCGAAGACAGCGUUGAAUAUUUUCUUGGCUUAACGCCAAGCGGUAUCAUUGUUCUGAGAAAUAAAUCGACUGUCGCACAUUACUACUGGCCCCGCAUUGCGAAGGUUUACUUCAAAGGACGAUAUUUUAUGAUUCGUGUUUGUGACAAGAAUAAUGAAGUCAGCACGUAUGGCUUUGAAACGCCUAAAAAGACUGCCUGCAAGCAUUUAUGGAAAUGUUGUGUCGAGCAUCACGCCUUCUUCCGAUUAAUUCGUGUGUCACCUGUACACCCUCAGACAGGUGCCGGUGACUUCUUCUCGUUUGGAUCUCGUUUCCGUUACAGUAGUGGAAGAACGGAGAGGCAAGCGUCAAAGGAAGCAUCAAAUAUUAACCGAGUACCUCCGACAUUCACAAGACGCCCUUCCCGGCGACAAAUUCGAAGAAGCUUUGACACGACAACAAUUGAUAAAACUUUCGAGACAGAUAACAAUAGAAAGUUGGAAACAAAAUCAAUUUCCGUACCUCAACCUGCAUGCACAAUCGAUAGUGCAUAUAGAUCGACGUGCAGCAUACCCGCAACAUUUAAUAACAACAACACGAUACAUAAAUACAAUCAACAAAGCACUCCCGAUUCGCCCCGAAGCACACGAAGUGCCGGAUGGAUAAAGAGUCAACAGAGAGGUUUGUUUGGGAUAAAUUCAAGUCCGAAAUCGGUAAGAUCUGCAUCAUCGCGUAAUGGAAAUGCAACAAAUGGCCAUCGACAACGGUCAAGUUCCGUUGAAAGUCAAUCGUCAAAUGAUUCACGAUCUGGUAGACGACAUCGAUCGAGAAGUAAACGCAUAUCGGAUAAUGAAAGUGAAAUGUCAAGGGGAUCUGGUCGUUCAGGUCGUUCACAUCGUAAACAUCGCCGUCAUCGAUCACGUAAUCGUGAGUCAAGUUCAGAACUUGGAGGCACAAGGGAUUAUAAUCACAAUGAGCAACCAGCACUUGUUGAUUCUGGAAAGCAAUGGCUUGAAGUUCAACGAAAGCAAGCGGAAAUAACCAAUAUGGGAACAGUCCAACAAGCUUCAGUUGUGAAGAGUAAUGCAGCGCCAAAGUCUACCAACUCAACAGAUACUUAUAAUCGUAAUAAGAAAAAUAGAAAACACAGAUCUCCAACGGACUCUAGAAGUAAAAUAUGGUCUUCAGAACUUACAAAGCAUUUACAGUUUGAUCUAGUCGACACCAGUGGCAUGACAGAAGAUCAGCUUAAGGAGAUUCCUUACACGGUUGUUGAGACAUCACAGAAUCGCAAACGCAACAAUACAAACUCACUUAAAGUUCAUAAAAGUGCCUAUGGGAAAGAUCGUGUUGAUAGAAUUCGAGGGCCACAAGUCACAGCAGAUGGGUCGAUUAGAUCAGGCAGCACGAACAGUUCAUCACAAGAUUUUGACAGAGCCAAUGGCCUUAAUCGAAUGAUGUCAAGUUUGAGUAUGGGAGAGUUUGUGAACUCAUCGAAUCUCAAUCGUAUUGAUUAUGCUGGCAUAAGAGUGUCGCAUGAACAUACCGAUUCUGGGUUAGGCGAUCAAGAUUAUGCGUAUUCGUCUGAAAGAUCGAGCGACAGUGCAAAGUACACCAAUAAAUCUUCGGGUACGUCUGUUCUCUCGGGUAACAUCAACACUUCAUCAUUUCAUUCAAAGUUUUACUCAGGAAAUCAUCAACGCGAGACAGAGCGUCAAUCUCAUGGAAGCAUUAAUCACAUCACGGCUCCGGUACAUAAAAAGUUUGUCGCUAACACAUCAAAUAACGAAAGCAAUAAUAAUAAUAAUCAUAUUAUCAAUCGCUUCAUUAAUAACAACAACACGCAAACUCACAACAAUCAUUAUUCAUUAAGUUUAAAUCGUCAUGCUGAAAAUCAUAAUUAUGCAAAGUUUGGUGUCGGUUGCAUAAGCACAUUAACAUCACCUUAUGCUGGUAAUGGUGUGGAGAUGAUUCGCGGUACAAAAUCAGAUAUCGGCAUUCCGUUAGAACAAUCGUCGGUUCGUCGAAUGCAUCGACACGCUCAAAAAAGUAGCAUCUUGCAUAAAAGUACACUGCCCUCGGUGCAUUCCGAUAUGUCGAUAUAUGAUGCGACUUUUAAACAUUCCCAAAGCUACAUUUUAAACGAUCAUGAUAUUAUUAACAAUAACAAUAACAAUUCAAACAGAACAACGCCAAUGACUAGUGCAAUUACUUUCUCAAAGACUGGCUCGAAGCUUUUGUAUACGAAUAAGCAUAGAAAUAAUCUUUUCCACGAGAAUACUCGACCAAAUGUUUCGUUAAAUGAUGCGCGUUCAAGUAAGCUUGGUCCACUGCUUUAUAAGAACGAUGACGAUUCGGGCAGUGCUAGUUGGAAGAAUUGCGUUUAUGAUAAUCCCAUCAGAUCGAGUAGUGAUGGAUUAUCAGGCUUAUCUAGCGUCGAGAUGCUUAAUAACAAUGCCGUUAGUUCAUCUUCCACUAACGAUAGAAAACAUUUUAAUAACAUGGCCACCAAAUCAUCCAGUUUGGAAUUGAUUUUGGCUCCGAUCAUUCAGAGUCAACGAGCAAAACAAUAGGUGAGAUGAGUACGGAACUUUGACGUUGUUGUUACGAUGGAACCCUCGACAACAACAUGAAGAUAUCAUAAAAUACAUUUAGUUAAUUACACUUAAGAUUUACUUUGUAAAACCUUUCAAAAUUCUUAUUCUCAACUGAAAUCUAUCGCUUUCAUGUCCUGGAUGUUUGAUGCUUCUUAUCAAUCUGAAUACAUUUAAAAAUUAUUUUGUAAGCUCUUUCAUCCCUUUUUCCACUUAUCUUUAAAUGAAGAAAUUUUGUGUGUUUUAUAAAUGGUUCAAUUAGCAUAGCAAAUAAAAAGAAAGCACUUUCAAACAGA